AUGUUUUUUAUUAAUAUAAAUAAACUUAUAGAGUUGUGUAAAAUUAGAAAUAAUGUUUUAAAACAUUUUCCAAUAAUUAUUGUUGUAGCAGUUCAAUCAUCUCAUAAUCAAAGACGCAAUCUUAUUGGCUACUAA